AUGAACUGGGCUUUGCGGGAACCAUACAGCUCCCAAGCAGGUGCAAAGACAGAAGACAGAAAUGAACGCAGCAUGCUCCUGAAUUCGCUGGCGUGUUGUGAGCACAGACGAGAGGAACAGAUGAAAUUGGAGAGAAAGCCUGUCUGCCAGGCAGCCUACCAGAAUGACUUGGGUCAAGUGUGGCGGUGGGUGAGAGAAGACAGAGCCUAUAUCAACGUUCGAGAUGGCUUGAAUGGAGACACUCCCCUGAUCUGUGCUUGUAGGCGAGGACACCUGAGAAUCGUUUCCUUCCUUUUAAAAAGAAAUGCUGAUGUGAACCUCAAAAACCGGAAAGAGAGAAACUGCUUGCAUUAUGCUGUGAAGAAAAAAUUUACCUUCUUUGAUUACCUACUCAUUAUCCUCUUAAUGCCCGUUCUGCUUAUUGGGUAUUUCCUCAUGGUGUCAAAGACCAAGCAGAAUGAGGCUCUUGUCCGAACGUUGCUCAAUGCUGGUGUCGACGUGAAUGCCAAAGACUGUGAUGGCUGCACCGCGCUACAUUAUGCUUGCCAAAUGAAAAACCAGACCCUUAUUCCUCUGCUGCUGGAAGCUCGUGCUGACCCCAUGAUCAAGAACAAGCGUGGUGAGAGUUCCCUGGAUAUUGCGCGGAGAUUAAAGUUUUCUCAGAUUGAAUUAAUGCUAAGGAAAGCAUCAUAAUCUUUGUGGCCUUGCAUGGAGAAGUAGAAAAAGUUAAAGGACUGGAUUCUAUCUCCAUUUUGGACAAUUGCUCUGUGGACCGUUGAACCUGGAUGCUAUGAUUUUUUUGGUAACCAUAAUGGUGGUUUCCAUAGUUAACAUUUUGGAAGAGCUUUGUAUUUAGAAUUUUCUUUUGCCCAGUGGAGUUCACCAUGGUCACGAUCCUUCUAGGAGAAACACUAAAGCUCUUGGAGGCUCCAUUUUGGUCCAAAAAAAGGUGACGUUUCAAACUCAGUCUCUUCCGAAGAAGAGGAUCAGAGUUACCUGGUUCGGUUUUCUCAGCUGUGUGGCUCUUACCAAGAGGCUGUCCUGUGGAUAUCAUGCCCAGAAGACAACUCUUUCUCUCCGUCCUUUUUGAGUAGUAAGAGGAAGAUUCAAAGUAUCCAUAUUUGUAUAGACUGAUAUG